UCAACUGCAAGGACUUUAACUUUUGGCGGUGAGGAUAUAUCAAGGGGCCUUCUUUGGGCGCAAAGGCAUCACCAGACUUAUCCACAAAUUAGAACAGAUAUGUUGACAAAGCCUAUAGAUCUGUUAAUGUUAAAUCAACUGAAAGAGUCAUAUUGCGAAAUCAGAGAGGGGCAACUUGAUGCUAUUGCAGUAGUUCAUUCUUACGAGGAUAAAGCGGCACCUGGAUCUCACAGGACAAGGCUUACUUCUCUCAAUGUUCCUCCCAUGGGGUUGGUCUAUCCAAUGCUUUUUGUUCCUGACGUGUAUCCUCCUCCACCACGGACUUGGUUUAGUGACUACGAGGAUAUGCUAGAAGAUACAUGGCAUAUUGACUUUUCCCGAAGAUUUGACUUGGUUAUAACUGUGAAUGGAAAGAAGGAGAAAAUUGCUUCAGGUUUGCUCAAUCCAUUUCUUUCUCACUUGAAAGCGGCUCAAGAUCAAAUGGACAAGGGUGGUUAUUCAAUUGUUCUUGAGCCGGAUGAUGGAAGUGAUUCCACAUGGUUUACCAAAGGAACUCUUGAAAGGUUUGUACGCUUUGUAAACACUCCUGAGAUAUUGGAACGUGUGUAUACUACAGAAGCUGAAAUCUUACAAAUCGAAGAGGCAAUUGCAAGUCAAGGAAAUAACUCGAUAGGGAUUAGCACUGUGGAAGAAAACCAAGUAAAACAUGCAGAAAACACAAGGCAGGAAGACUCAACAUGAUACGAACGAGGAGAAAGCGAUUGUACUUGAGUUGAUUUGAUAACAGAUGGAUUGUGUCUGGGAAGGAAGAAUAUAAUGGUGAGUUGAUUUUAUUUCAUUACUGUGUAGAUCGGUUUUUGUUUUGGAUUUGUUUGAAGUUAUUUGAGUUUUGUUUUCUUCCUUUAAACUUUGUCACUCGGCUUCUACUGCUUCAAUGAGUCUAUGCUUUUUUUUGUUGAGAAUUUCCAUUUAUGAAUGAGUCACUGGUAGUUAGAUUUAAGUAAAACCUAACUGGAUUUACCAUUCAUGGAUUACGCGAGAUUGGAAGUGCUCAUAAGUUAGAUCAAUUUAUUCGAACUCAAAAUAUCAUACAAUUCCAAAACUAACUUUUUUCUAUUAGUAGAUUUUAUACUUGAUCCUGGAAAUUAGCAUAAACUGUAAAUUCCAACAUUUGUAUGUAGAAAAAGAUGAUAUACGUUCAAAUUUUGAUGCUAGUAUGCAAUACAUAUACUACUAACUGUUAAUACAUGUGUAUAUUAUUGCAGGCUAGAUUUUGGGUCUCCUUUGAUUCCUGUUUAAAAUAUGGGGACCCAAUUCUUAACUGCACUAAUCUUUUUCCUGGCUAUUGGUUACCUCCUUGUAAUUGAUUUUUCUGUUGUGUGUUACCAAAACUAAUUCAUUGAAGGUUAUCUUGUUGGCCAAAGGAGUGCUUUCUAGAAUUUACCUUGCAAUUUAUUUGUUCUAUAUUGAAGUUACAAUUUUGGACUAUACUCGAAACAUCUUGUGUUGAUUAAUUUGAACUAAUUUAUUUUGAUUUGAUAACAUCUCAUUGGUUGCAGGUAUUUGAAGUACUGACAAACAAGUAUUUGAAAAAUUUGAAUAGCUUGAAUUUGAAUAUAAACUGAGUUGUAUCCUUCUGUAGAAGAUGUGUGAUAUUGUUAUGCAUAGUUUAUUUAGUUUUGUUUGCAUAUUGAUCAUUAUUUAUUUAUUAUUUCAGGAAAAAUUUAGAUGCAGAUACAUGGAAGUGAGCAUAGCAGGACUUUCAAAGUUAUGGAUACAUCAACAUACAAAUAUAAGAAAAGGAUUUUUAUUUUAUUUUAUUUUAUGUGAAAAUUCAAAUAUAGAAAAUAAUAAU